AUGCAGAGGCUCCAUGCCCGGUCCAAAUUUAUCCAGCCCUCUUUUCUCUUCCAGGCCACCCACCCUCGACAUCUAGCUCGCGUGUUCAUCAACUGCCUCUCCUCCAAAACUAACUGCUUGUCGUUCUCUGGCAUGCUGGCAGGCUGGUUGAUGAAUGUAACGCGGUACAUGAGUGAGGCAGAACUGAAAGAGAUGCGACUGCCAUUUUGGGAACUCACCUCGUUCCUCCGCACGAUCGACGUCACAAGGGCGGCGGGUCCGCUCCAGGUCCUGAGUCGUUGGCGCGGUGGUCUCAUCCACACCGCCCUCCGCUUACCCUCACGAAAAAGGACUCGUCGGGCUCGUACGCUCCAUACGCUCUCCGGUCUUCCUCGCAUUGUCAAGCUCACCCACUCGUAUCUGGCUGGGGGUGACCAAUAUGCAGUAGUCCAUUCUCUUGGCAGGAGGAACAGCAGGCUGCAAAAAGAGGACUUUGCAGCUCGAGAUUUUUCAUGUAGAGAAGCGAGGACGUUAGCGACACCUGCUCUUUGCGGAUACAUGCACUUUGUGGUACAAUCCCUAAAACUAUACAUCGAACUGUCAGGCGGACUUGUAAUGAAGAAGAGUACCCCAUGCUCGUUGAAGGAACGAUCCAACGCGCAUCUCCCUCAGCACCUUAUCCCGGAUCCUCAGUUGCAAGUCACUAUCAAGCAUUGGACUGUGGGAAGGAUGAACGGCUCCAAGAUUGAUCGCCCUUGGCCGUUCUCCGAUUCCAUGUUCAUUCCGGUUUUUUCCAUUCUCCCGUCAAAGCUCCUUGACACCUCUGGCGAAACCCGCCAUAUGGUCAAGCAGCGAAUAUUUUUUGUGGUACUCAUUACAGUGGCUCAAAGAGAUGGCGCAGAGGAAAUCGAUCGCACACCGAACCGUUAUGCGUGCAUGAUACCCACCUAG